AUGGACGAGAUAGAUGAUAGUCAAAACCCCGGGUUUCCGCCACCUUCGCCAACCAAAGAGAAUUGGAGAAAUCAGUAUUAUGCCUAUAGAUCCCCCUCGGGCGAAAUCCAUUAUCUUCUACUCUCAGAUUUUUAUGGGCAUCUUGUUAAAACCAGUGAGGAUGUUAUUGGAAGCCGGUUUAUUAAAAAGAAGCUUCAAACUGCAACGAUAGAGGACAAAAAUGAGGCCUUCAAGGAAUUAAAACCUCAUGCACUUGCUCUAAUGAAGGACAAGUUUGGGAGUCGCGUUAUCAAAUCGUUCUUUGAACAUGGACUAGAUUUGCAGAGAAAAGGAUUGGCUGAGGAACUUUUUGGUAAUGUGUAUACACUUAGCCUUGAUCAGUAUGGUUGCAGAGUCAUUCAGAAGGCAUUGGAACUUGUUGAUAUGGACCAAAAGAUAAAAAUCGUUAGAGAGCUCGAUAAUCAUGUCAAUACCUGUCUUUAUGACGAUAAAGCUAGCCAUGUAAUCCGGAAAUGUGUUGAAUGUGUUCCUGAAGAGCAUAUCGGUGUCAUUGUUUCUGUUUGCGUAGAUCAAAUUGUUAAAUUGGCACAGCAUACUCCUGGAAAUUAUAUCUUACAGUCUAUAUUGAAGUAUUGCAAGAACACAUUGACCCAGAAGAGAGUGAUCGAUGGAAUUGUAUCAUCUCUAGUCAUCUUAGCAAACAAUGGAUUUGGCAACUAUGUUGUUCAAUGUGCGGUUGAGCAUGGAAAACCUGAGGACCGUUCUAAAAUAGUUGAAAAGUUAGCUGAAAACAUAGUUGAGGUGAGCCUGAACAGAUUUGGAUCGGGCGCCAUUCAGAAAUGUUUGGUUUUUGGCAGUCAUUGUGACCGUAAACUUAUCUUAAAUGUGAUUCUUGGAUCCACGGAUAGAAAUGAGCCACUUCAGACAAUAGUGAAAGGCCAAUCUGGAAAGUUUGUUGUGCGUACUCUUCUGAAAACUUGUGAUGAUGAGCAACGAGAGUUGAUCUUGUUGCGAAUUAAGAUCCAUUGUCUAGAGAAAUAUUUGCCCCAGGAAGACUGA